ACGAAUAGUUCUUUUUCUUUUGAUUUUCUCUGAUUUGAUUUGGUGACUGGGACUCUCUCUCCCCCGACGAGUACAAAAAAUCACCACUGCGAUAGAUUUGGCGCUGUAUACCCAUGAUGUCAUUGUCAUAUUCCUUUAAUUGACCGUUGUCCCUGUACACAGACCAAGAUCAUGGAAAUGGAUUGUCAUAACAGCCAGUCUUAUCAAUCUCAUCGAAUCACAUCGAGGACCGUUUAUUUACAGUCUGAUAUAGUAACCUUAUGGACAUUAGUAAAUGGUAUGUUGUGUUGUAGUUAUGGGUUGUUGUCCCUGUUGCAUGUCAUGAAAAUGUGGAACACGAUCUACGCCCUCCCCCCACACACAUGAUAUACUAUAUUAGUUGUUCUGGAAACAGUGGGGAAAGCCCCGUCAUCUCUACAGUCCACAGUACUAUGUAUACUUACUAGAUACCUACCUAUGUACGUUCAGUUACCAGAUCAGGUAAUCAAUGUAUCAAUUCCUAGAAUGAUG